ACCGUCAGACGGCGAAUUGUAAUUUAUCCAUUCAUUUUUGUCGGCUGCUCCUCCUGCUUUCUUCGAAGGAAAGUAGGACUUCUACUCAAUAUGCUAUGCAUCUUGUUUUCUUUCUUGGCAUCGACUCCAGAAGCGAGUCUUCUUUUUUCUUUCUUUUCUUUUUUUCUCUCUUCAUCUGUUUGCGUUCGCUUUCACUGACCUAAUGUUCGCUCCCGCGUAAAGAAUGUUGUUGCUUGAAAUGAUAACAAGGAAACAUUGGGAGAAAUGUGAUUUUGAAUAUAAGUUUUAAUUACAUAAAAAUAAUUGUUCCCCCAAAUGUUGUGGAUAAACAGUUAAUUUGGGUUAUUACUUUUUACUUCACUUCCAUUCCAUCAAUAUGAAUCAUCUUGGGUUUUGGAUUAUUCCAUUUUUAUGCUUCACUAGUGUUCUUUUCAUUAAAGGUGAUCCAGAAUUAUUUAAUGAAAAAGCCCAACUGGUAUUGCAGCGCACACUAAGAAGAAAAACGAACAGUAAUGUUGCUAAAAAUAUAGUAUUAAUUGUGGGAGAUGGAAUGAACCUGGCAACAAUCGCAGCGGCUAGGAUAUUGAAAGGUCAAAAAGCAGGUCGAAGUGGAGUAGGGGAGGAGAUGAUCUAUGAAGCUUUUCCUAAUGUUGGACUUGCUAGGACGUAUGCCACCGAUAAGUAUGUCCCAGAUUCAGCUUCCACAGCAACAGCUUUUCUAUGUGGAGUGAAAACCAUAUACGAAGGAGUUGCAGUCACCGAUAAAGUAAAGCACUCAGACUGUUCCAGCAUACCUGGUACGGAGGUCAGAUGUAUUGGAGAAUGGGCAAUGGCUGAGG